GUGCUGUGAAAGGUUCGAUCUCACGCACACACGCUCACCCGAACCCAACGGAAAAUUCCGUUCGAGCGGGAAAAUGCACUUUUCGGCAUCACAAUCAAUGACAGCGAUACAGUGAGUGCUGGUGUUUUGUACGUUUCCUUGUGCGUUGUUUUUCCGUUUUCCCAACCGUUUUCCUUCUGUAUGUAAUGCUGUUUUACGUUCCUGUGUUGCGCGUGUGUUGUGUUUGUGUAUGGUUUUUGUAAAGGAAUUUUGAAAAUCUUCGUGAAUCAGUCAAGGAAUUCGCACCGAUUUUUGGGUUGAAGACAUCCAUAAUGGCUCAACAGGGUGGUACAUCACGUACUCGGGCACCGUUGGCCGAGCUGCCGGUCGUUUCGCCGGGUGCAACGGUACCGCACUCGUCCCCCACACCCGGUCUGACCGCUGUCGCUCCGCAACGCAGCGUCCUAACGCCACGUCUGAUCGACAGCCCGAGGGCGAACAUACCGGACAGCAUUCUUACGCCGACUCUCUCGCCGGACGAGAUGGCCAUCCGUCAGCGGGCCCGGCGCCGUCCACCCAUCAUCUGGUCGCCGGAUCAUGGCGCCCGUGCCCAACUAGCCUCAUCGAUGCACACACCGACGAAAAACGUUUCCUCGAUGACGCUUCGUAGCUCGCCGAGAAAGCGAUCGCUUAUGCAAGAAUUUGCCGACGUGCCGUCCACGAGCGGACUUUCAACGCCCACCAAAAGAUUGCAGCAAACGGGCCGGAUGUCGGUGGGCGAUUCGCCCGGUACCAGCUCGAAGCGAUCAAAGUUCGACGAAACGGCGAUGAACCGGCGAAACGAAAGCAUACCGCUGAGCACCAUUCUCCGGGGGUACAGUCAGGACCAGCUGAUAGGCAUUAUCGGUUCGAUGCUGGCGAAAGCUGGCCAUCUUGAAGCGGCUGUUCGGCGCGAAUUGCCACUACCGGAUAUUAGUCCGCUUGACGCUGAGUUGGGACGUAUCAAGCGGAACAUUUACGCCAGCGUGCCGAACCUGAAGCUGUUUAGCCGUACCGAUGGGCAUGGAUUUUUGCGUGCCGCUACACAUCUGGCCACGUUCAAGCAAACUAUCCACAGCCAGGCACAAAAUCUGUACGCUUCCCGCCACUGGGACGCGCUGCUCGAUUACGUGCUGAUGGCUUGGACGCACGUGCGCGAAACGCCGGUUUACGAUAAUAGCAAACAUAACGCAACGCGGCGGUACUGCUUCAAGCUGCUGGCCCAUCAUGCCACCAGCGCACUGAAGCAUGGUGGGCUCGGGUUGGGCACGGAGCGUGUUGGUCGGUUCGAGCAGAAGCUGCCCGGCAUGGUGGCCGACUGUGCUGAGAUAAGCGAAUGCUGCAAGUGCGUCGAAUACAUCAUGAAGGGGCUUUGAGACAUAUUUAAUUACAAUUUUUUAUGUUAUGUUCUACGUUGCCUUUAGAAUCGAACGGAAUUUACCGGUGAGUUCGUUCGAUUCUUAUCGAUUACCAUUGUGCUGUUCGGAAAUUGUCCCAACUUGUAUGAGAAACAUGCAGCAACGCUCACGAAGCUCCGCGUUCCCUAGUACGUUUCCCCGGGUAUGUGUAGAUUCGAACCCGAAAUAAAGAAAGUACCAAUAAAGUGUCAUUGAUUAAAGAA